AUGGUGCAAAACAUCGCUUUCCAUAAACUGGUUGAAGUCAGAUACACUUUUGAUUUCUGGCAAACUGUAUCAGAAGUUAAAGCUACCUAUGCAGAAGGUGUAGCUGAAAAAGACAAAGAUAGUUUCGAUGUUUUUAUAUUCUCGAUAGAAUUAUUCGACAAUUCAAGAAAUCCCAUUGAUGGAAAAACGAUGUAUUUUGCUGUGCAUUAUAAUGUUAGUAAUCGUGACUAUUGGGAUAACAAUUCUGGUUCAAACUAUCGAGUAAAUUUCAAAAAAGUAAAGAAAUCGUCGUCAUCAUCGCAGGGUAACCACCAUUGUCAUCAAAAUAAUAAUAUUAAUAAUCAAGGAUCAUUACCUAUUGCUAUUGCUACCAAUUCAUCAUCAUCAAGAAAAUGGCCAAUAAUACCUUCAACACCAGUGAAUCAUCUUCCAAAAAAAAGUUUAAGUUAUGACUGUCAUUCGCCACCAAAUUCUAACACUCGUACUUCAAUAGCUGAUUCAAGAAAAAAUGGAGUUGCGGGCCGUUAUGAUAUUGGAGUAUCAUUAUCAGCAGCUCAAAAUAUCCCACCAACAACAUUAUCAUCACCGAUUUCUUCAUUUACACGAACUAAUUAUUGUUAUCAAACACCAUACUUUCCAGCAAUUUCAUGUGAUGCUUAUAAAUCAUUUUCUUCAGGAAGUUGUUACAUUGAUGGUAUGCCAGUCACAACAGAAACAGCGCCAUUAUCAUCACCAUCACUUCAAUGGGAAGGUUCGCCUAAAAAAUCGGCGUUGAAAUGA